AUGUCCAUGUUCUCAACCAUCACCACCGCCCCGGCUAAGCAGUCGGUGAGCGAGACUAUUCCAGUGCUGAGUGGCCGCCUAAGCACAGCAACACUACUCGAAGACCGCCGCGCCGCCAUACUGGGGCUGCGUAGUUUUGCGAAACAGUACCCCGCUUCGGUUGCAUCGGGCGCCCUGCGCAGUCUCAUCGGUAGCCUCAGUCGCGAUGGGGAGGAUGUUGACACGGUCAAGGUGGCCUUGGAGACGCUGCUGAUGCUCUUCAGCCCAGAUCCGGACAGCCCCGAGGCCUCGGAGGAGAUUGCCCUGUGGGUAGCCGACGAGUUUACACAGCGGCAUGAGAACGUCGCGUUAUUACUGGGGUUCUUGGGAAAAGACAGGACGGAUUUCUACUCGCGGCUUUACUCGCUGCAAUUGCUGUCGGCCAUCUUGUCUGCACGGACCGAACGGACAGAGGAAUGCAUCGUCAAUACGAGCGACGGCAUCCCCCGGCUCGUGGCGGUCCUGGAGGAAGGGAGAGAGGCCGUUCGCAACGAGGCGAUCGGGCUACUCACAGACCUCACGCCAUCGUCCAACGUGGUCCAGAAUUUGGUCACCCUCGAAAAGGGGUUUGCGCCAAUAUUCGAAAUCAUCGCGAACGAAGGGGGCCUCGCAGGCGGCGCGAGGGUGGUGGAGGACUGCUUGAUUUUGUUGGCCAACCUACUCCGGUUGAAUCCCCUGAACCAGACCAUGUUCCGGGACAUGGGGCACGUUGCAGGAAUCAGCCAGCUCCUGAGGGAUGCCUACAAAGAAGGCGAGGACGGUCAGGAGAUCGCGCAGUGGGUGGAAGUACAGCGCAACAGAAAUGUGUACGCCAUGCUCGCCGUUAUACGGCUGCUGCUUGUUCCCGGCGCAGCUGGGACGCCCCUGAACCAAGAGGCGUUUGUGGGUGAAUUAGUAGCCGGCGGGCGGACCCGUGUACGAGGCGGCCCGGUCCUCGAGAGUACUCUUCAGAUCGCAUUCUCACACGUUGCCGAACUACCGAUUAAAUCAGAGGCGCUGCUAGCAUGCGCGGAUAUGAUUAGAGGCAACGCUAGCGUACAGGCCAGGUUCGCCGGGUUUCAAGUACCAUCGCCGCUCGCCGACCCCGUCACGAACGGGCAAGGUGCUCAGAUGAAUGGCACCCCCAAGGUUUACAUCAUUGACGGCCUCUUGGACCUCGUUCUGGCCGUGGAUUCGCUCCCGGCUUUCGACUUGCGGAUGGCUGCUUGCAAGUGCCUCGAAGCGUACUUUUACAAACACGCCGAGAUCCGGAUGCACUUCCUCGACCAUGCGGUCCGGACACACAAGGCACACGCCGACGAGCUCACCAACGCCCUCUCAAUCCUCUUGCAGCCAGACCCGGAGGCGGCCGUCGCAGACCCGUACAGGUACUGGUUCGCCGCGGUGCUCAUGUUUCACCUGUUGCAUGAUAACCCCGAGACCAAAGCCUUCGCCAUGAGCGUCACCGAGGGCGACGAGGAUAGCGGCGAGGAAGUCGUGACGAGUAUCCAAACCAUGACGGCUCACCUGCUUAGUAGCGUCGCCAAGUCGGAAGACCCACGUAUCAGCAUUGGCUAUCUAAUGCUGUUGCUGUGUUGGAUGUUUGAAGACCUCGAGGGAGUCAACGACUUCCUCGGUGAAUUUACCAAUCUCCAGGGCCUCAUCCAAGCGGCGAUCGAAAAUCCCAACGGCGACGUCAUGGUGCAAGGCCUGAGCGCGAUGCUAGCCGGCGUGGUGUACGAGUUCUCGACUAAGGAUUCCCCCGUCCCGCGCGCGAAGGUCAGAGAAAUGAUCAUGUCGCGCAUGGGCCGUGAUCGCUACGUCGACAAACUAUCGCGACUACGCUCCCACCCGCUGAUGAGAGACCACGAAGUCCUAUCCCAAAAGCUAGAACUCGGCCCCGACCAAAAACUCCCCGACGUCUACUUCGACGACACCUUCGUUGAGUUCUUCAAAGACCACUACAACCGCAUCCUGCGCGCCAUCGACCGCGACCCGGACUCAGAAACCUCGGUCGUCACCAACGGCGUCCAAAAGGGCGUCUCGCGCAAACUCGUCGACACCCUCCGCGCCGAAGCCGCCGAGAAAUCCCAAGCCCUCCAAGAAGCCCACACCCACACCGCCGCCCUCGCAGAGCAGCUCGCCCAGGAACAAACCGCGCACCGCAAAACCAAAGACGCCCUCUCCACGGACCUCGCCCGCGCCCACGACCUCACCACCGCCCUCCGCCAACAACUCACGGCCAAAGACGCCGCCAUCCACUCCGCCCAAGAAGACAGCGCCGCCCUCACCCGAAAACUCGCGCACGAACAACAAGAACACCAGCGCAGCCGGGCGGAGGCGGCGCGGCUCAAGACCGCCGGCGAGGCGCUGCAGCGCGAGCACGCACAACAACUCACCGCCCUACAAACCCAGCUGCGCGCGCGCGACGACGAGGCCCGCCGCCUGGUUGACGCUACGCGGAAGAGCGCUGAGCAAGAGGCGGAGCGCGCGCGCCGCCGUUGGGAGGCGGAUAUGGCGGAUCUGAAGGCUACGGUCAGUCGGCUGGAGGUGGAUGUGAUGAACGCGGAGAAGGGGAGGGGGGUCGCGGAGGAGAGGGUGAAGGUGCUGGAGGGGGUGGUGGUGAAGGGGGAGGGACGGGUGGAGGAGUUGGAGAGGGUGGUGAGGGAUCGGGAGAAGGAGGUGGGUGUUAAGGUUAGGGAGGCGGAGGAGAGGACUAGGGAGGCGGAGGGCAGGGCUAAAUUGGUAGAGGAGAAGGCGAAGAAGGGGGAGGCGGAGAUGCAGGCGCUGAAGGCCAAGGUUGGGAAGGCGGAGAAGGAGGUUAAGGAGGUGAGGGGGUUGGUGAAGGUGAAGGAGGAGGAGCGGAAGAGCGCGCAGAGCGAGCUGGAUGAUAUGUUGGAGGUGUUUGGGGACAUGCAGGAGAAGAUUACCAAGUAUAAGGAACGGCUCAAGGCGCUGGGGCAGGAGGUGUCGGAUGGGGAAGACGAGGAUGGGGAUGAUGAUGACGACGAUGAUGACGAUGACGAUGACGAGGAGGAGGAGGAUGAGGAGGAAGAUAGGAAAUAG